AUGAGACUCCACCAAAGGUUUGCCGGGACGUGCGUCAACGAACGCCUGUGGUACAUGUGUCUAUGGGCGAGCGGGCUGUCCUUCAGGUCCAUCGCGCGGCGGGCCGGCAGGAGCCACACCACCGUGCGGCGCUGGGUGCGGCACCUCCUUGCAAUGCGGCUCCUGAUCAUCACUGUUAUCUGGACAUUCAUUGAGGCCACGGGAAGCCGAGGGAUGGGGGCGAGGGCGAGGACGCGGGGCUCUGAGACGCAGGAGCUCGAGGCCGGCGCCGGAGGAGUGGUCGCCGAAGUGGUUCCGCUGCUGAAACUCGCCGCCGGGAAGUGUGACCUGACGCUAGCCGCCCAUCGCUACUCCCCUGUGCUGGCGUCAAGGUUUCUGUCGUCGUCAGUGUUGUGGCUGCGGCCUGAGAUGCGUCUGGUGGUCGUGGGUCACCUGGACGCCUUGCACAGUCUUGUCAGCCACCGCGCUCUCCGCAACACUGAUCACGUGAUAUUCAUAGCCCUGCGUGGCAGGAGUCACUGGGUCUUCAAAGAAGACGACGCUGAGGGCUUCCAUGGCCACAGGUUCCGGGUGGUGGGCAUGGAGUACUUCCCGUACAUCAGUUACACGCGGCAGGAGAGCGGUGCCCUGCGCCUCACCGACUCCCUCAACACGCGCAUGAUCACCCACCUGGCGGAGCUCCUAAACUUUACGUACGAGGUGAAGGAGCCAGACGACAGCCAGUGGGGGCUUGAGGCUGAUGGGGGCAACUGGACCGGUAUUGUAGGCACCCUCCAGCACGAGAAGGCGGACUUUUCAAUGGACCUCACUCUGACGCACCAAAGAGCGGCUGUGGUGGACUUCUGUAGGGUAUACAUCGACGAGAACUUGGUCAUUUUGUCCUUGAAGCCUCGGCCUCCACCUGAGUAUUUAUCGCUCAUCAGGCCUUUUGAAAGUAAGGUGUGGGUCACGACCAUGGUAAGCGUGAUGGUGUGGGGUGUGACGCUGUGGCUGCUGCUCAGAAUAAGACAUCGAACAUCCAAAGGGCGUCGUUUUGAUCUUAAAUCGGCACUUUUCUACAGCUGGGGGCUCCUUCUGGAGGACAAACCCAACGAGCCUCCGGACAACCCCACGGGCCAGGUUCUGGUAGGAGUGUGGCUCCUCGCUUGCUUGAUUCUGAGAGCCAUCUACGUGUCCUCCCUCAUCUCGCACCUGGUCAAGGGCGGAGAGUCUCCCGUCAUCAACACGAUCGAGGAAAUGGUGAAGAGUGGACAGCAUGAAGACAGGCAGUGGGGGACGGUCGACAUGAGCGGGGCGAUCAAUUCCUUCUUCAGCACCAGCACCAACCCGGCCUUCCAUGUGGCGUUUAAGUUCAUGCAGACCAUGGGACCGGAGGAGGGCACGUCCAGAGUGUUGGCGGGGGAGUUUUCGUACAUUCUCAACUACUACGCCAUCAGGGUCCAGCUGGCCACGCACCGCGGGGCAUCGGCCGACAUCCCUGUCCACAUCAGCACCACGAAGUACCCGCUCUUCCCCGGCAACGGUUGGGCCUUUAGGCGCGGCACACCCUUCCUCUCGCGCUUCAACCUGGCCAUACAGCGGCUCCUGGACGCAGGCCUCAUCGACUACUGGAUGGACGACGUCAUCAAAACCUACGUCAUCACCAAGCGGCUGCAGGACAGUGGCUCCUCGCGGGACGGGAAACUUCAUUCGUCUAUUGCGGAGGAUGCACGCGGCCAGGUGGUGCUGGGGCUGCGUCACCUGCAAGUCACCUUCUACAUCCUGUUCGUGGGCCACGCUGCCGGGACACUUUCCUUCCUUGCUGAGAGCUCGCUAACAUGA